AUGUCAAAUGAUUCUUGUCAUUUAUGUAAAUAUUCAUGCAUAGACUAUUACUAAAUCUGUUAAUUUGGAAUUUGUAUACAAUGUUAAAAUGGAUUUAUUAUUAAUAAAUAUUUUAAUUGUGAUCCUUUAUGUGGGGACAGUAAUCUAGUUCCUUACUCGAUUGAACAAUGUGAACUGGCAGUUAAUGGGGUAUUUGAUGGUUGUUAGGAUUGCAGUUUUAUAUCCAUAGGACAUUGUAAAAUUAACUACUUUUCAAUUUGCUUAGUGUGUGAAGCAGGAUAUUAAAUGUUAGAAAACAUAUGUUUCCCUAAUUGUGGAGAUAAAUUCAUCCUAGAAUUAUAUGAAGAUUGUGAUGAUGGUAAUUUAUAACUUUAUGAUGGAUGUUUUGAAUGUAGAUUUCAAUGCAUUGAAGAUUGUAACAUAUGUGAUCGGGGAUAAUGCAUUUUAAAAUGUGAAAAUGGAUAUGAGUUUGUUUAUGAUAGUUGUCUCUCCAUUUGUGGUGAUGGAAUUGUCACAAUAGAAGAGGAUUGUGAUGAUGGUGAUAUGCAACCUUAUGAUGGUUGUUUUAAUUGCAAGUAUUAAUGUCCAGGAAAUUGUUCUGAUUGCUAUCAAGGUACUUGUUUAGAGUGCAAUUAUCAAUACGACUUAGUAAUUUCAAAUCAAUGUAAAUAAUAAUUUUAUUGUGGAGAUGGAUUCCUUUAGGAAUAAGAAGAAUGUGAUGAUGGAAAUUAUUAAGUGUCUGAUGGAUGCAAAGAUUGUUUAAUUGAAUUAAAUUGGAUAUGCAUUACAAUGACGAAAGAUUCCCCUAGCUAAUGUACAUUUCUCAAAGCUCCAAAUCUGAUAAUUAAUUAUCUAAAUAUGACUGAAAAUAAAUAGUACAUAGGCAUUUAAUUUAAUUAAAAAAUAAAAAUACAAACAGUCUAACCCUUGUCGAAAACAAUAACUUUUUAAUUGUCAAAUAUAGAAAAAAGAACUGGAACAGCAGCUUGUUUGUAUUAUAGGAUGUUAGAUCAGAUGUGAGUUUUGGCGAAUUUAUUGUCUAAAUAGAAGUAUAUUAACUACUUGAAUUUAGACCAGUUUUGAAUAUUUAAAUAAAUCAGAGAGUAACUAAUAUAGAUAAUGCUGUUUUGUAAGAAGAUGAAAAAGUAAUAACAUUACAAUAUCCAAAAUUUCUUGAUGAAAAACAGAAGGAGUAUUCUUAAAAUUUGAAAAGUCUUAAUCAAAAUAUAAUUUAUAGUCUGUCUGGGAUUACUGUCAUAAGUCUUCUAUUAGGUAGUGGAGAUUUAUUUGUUGAAGUUUUGGCAAUUCUUUAAUACUAGCAAUACUUAAGAUACAUUAAUUUAUAAUUUCCAGAAAAUCUAGAGAUCUAUUUUUCUGUUAAUGAUAUAAUAACUGUCCAACAACUCUUGGAUUUUAUUUAAUUUCCUCAAUUUUUGCAAUUUAUUAAUAUUUAAUCAAAUUAAGAAUAUCCUCAUGGAAAAUUUAAGAUAUAUAAAUAAAGCUCAAGCUUGAUUUUCAAUCUCUAAUGCCAAAUAUUCUAGUACUUAAUAUUUUUAUUCCUUAUUUUGAUGGUACAAUAGAUUAAAAAAGGUUUGUACAAUUGGAUAUUUUGCUCUAGGUAUUUUUUAUGUAUGUAAUCUUUAUUAUUAUACAUCAAUCCAAAAAUACUUUUAAAGUUUAGUUAAUCCUUUUAGAACAUUUGCAAGGAUUUACUUACAUUAGAAAAAUUUAUUUCAUUUUCAGGAUUAAAAAAAGCCUUACUUCUAAAUGGUUGGGAUAUGAUAUUUAAAACACUAUUGUAUACACGAAAUAUUUAAACUAAAAAUUACAUCGAUAUUGUUCAAAUAUUCAUUGUAAGCAUCAUACUAAUCCUUUAUUUUACCAUUUUUCUUGAUUGUUUGAGAGGUUAAUAAAAAUAUUCAAACAUGAAUUACUCAUAAAGUCUUAUUAGAAAUUUGUUUUUUUUAUUAUUCUUGAUUUUUUUUUAAGAAUCACAAAUAUUUUAAUUAGAAUUACUCCUUUUGACAAGCAUACUUUAGAUUAGAUUCGUAUCUAAUUAUCGCUGUGUUUUUAAUAAACGAAAUUAUGUUGUUAAGAUGAUGGUUGAAAUAUCAGUAUUUACUUUUACAGCAAAUUAUUAAAUGUCUAUAAAUUUAUUUCAAGCAUAUCUUGAGUUCAUUCUUAUACAUUUAAGAGUGUAAUGA